UGGGCACGUGUUUCUAUAAAAGGCUUUUCCCGGACAGGCACAAAGGCUAUCACAAUCAGCCAUCCUGAAUCAUCUGGACAAAAUAUGAAAUUCGUUGGCAUAGAAGUUUCUUUCUUCAUUCUCUUCACCCUCACUGCUCUUUGGAAUGCAGGAGGUCAAGACUCUUGCUCACACCGAUGUGGGGAGCUGCUUGGUACCUGUUCUUGCCAGGUGACGUGCCAGUCCUUGGGGAUUUGCUGUCCCGAUUAUAAAGAAUUUUGUCUUCAAAUUUCUCCAUACUCAGGAUCUCUGAUGGGAGGCAAAGACUUUUUGAUUGAAAAUACAGCUUUUAAUGCCUCUUCUGUUCUAACAUGCAGGUUCAAGCAGAAAAUCAAAACCAGUGGCUAUGUUGCUAAGGAUGGAAAAGCCCACUGCAUCUCCCCAUUGCUUUAUGAGACUGGUUUCAUCCCUUUUGAAGUUUCUACAGAUGACGGGCUGACGUUUCCGUACUCUGGAACUUGGCUGUCAGUACAUCACAGCAAAGUUUCAGACGGAGAAAAAUGCACAUUGGUAAAUGAGACAAAAUGGCAAUACUACGGCACCUCCAACACUGAUGGAAACUUAACUCUUACCUGGGCACACCAGGCACUUGCAGCAACCCGCAUCAACAUAGAAGUCUGGGGAUACCAGGAAACAGGUGACAGUUACUCGGAAAACUGGGUGGCCGAAUGGAGAUAUCUUUAUACUUUGGCAAGAGAAAUCCCUAAUACUGGGAAAUUUUCUUUCAUUCCUGUACCUGCUAAAGGAAAUUACAGUACGUGGGACUUUGGAAUUUUGAGAAUUACACCCAGCAGCUAUUCUGAUGGGCAGAGCAACAUUCCAUCAGUCUGGAGCAAUGAGCAUGCAUUGGCUUGGCACCUUGGGAAAGACUUCAGAAAUGACCCAAAUGCAUGGGCAACUGCGAAAUGUAUAGAAUGGGACAGAAAGGAGGAGAAGCUUCCAAGCUUCAUGGAAGAAAUUAUAGAUUGCCCUUGCACCUUGGCACAGGCAAGAGCUGACACUGGCAGGUUCCAUACAGAUUAUGGCUGUGACAUUGAAAAGGGGAGCGUGUGUACUUACCACCCUGGAGCUGUGCAUUGUGUAAGAGCCGUUCAAGCCAGUCCCCAGUACGCAGCAGGACAGCAGUGUUGCUAUGACUCCACAGGGACCCAAAUCCUCACGCAUGACUCCACAGGAGGCAGCACACCUGAUCGAGGCCAUGACUGGGGUUCACCACCUUUCAUGAAGCCUCCCCGGAUACCUGGCUUUUCCCAUUGGCUUUAUGAUGUCAUCAGCUUCUAUUACUGCUGCCUGUGGUCUGAUAAUUGUCACUUCUAUAUGAAAAAGCGGCCCUCCAGCGACUGCAGGACGUAUCGCCCACCUCGAGCUGCAUCUGCUUUUGGGGAUCCUCACUUCCUCACAUUUGAUGGUCUGAACUUCACCUUCAAAGGCCAAGGAGAAUACACGUUGGUAGAGUCUGAUCUCACAUCCCUAAGAGUGCAAGGGAGGACACAGCAGGCACACUUUCCCAAUGGAACUAGGGCUCAGGUGACAGGCUUGUCUGCAGUGGCCAUGCAGGAGAACAACUCUGAUGUGAUCGAAGUACGUUACUCGGAGGAUUUGAAUCUGGAGGUCCUGUUGAACCAGAAGGUCAUCAGCUUCUCUGAGCAAAGUUGGAUGGACCUGAAAGGUCUCUUUCUCCAUUCUACAGCUGAUCAGAACAUCACAGUGAUGUUCUCUUCUGGGUCUGGAGUGGAAAUAAGGGGAAGCGGAGGAUUUCUGACCCUGACAGUUCUGCUCCCAGAGAAGUUUAUGAAUCACACACUUGGUCUCUUUGGGGUAAUGAAUGGCAAUACAGAGGAUGAGUAUACCUUCAAGAAUAAAACCACCGUGUCAGUUCAUGCAAGUCCCCAGCAGUUGUUUGAGUUUGGAGCUAACUGGGCUGUUGAAAACGGAACUUCUCUCUUUACUUAUGACACAGAGUUCUUACUGAACAAUUUCUUUUAUGGGGAAAAGCACAAUGCUUCCUUUCUGCCCGUGUUCUUUCCUUAUGAAGACCCUGCUGAUCCCCUGGUGAAAGAGAUGGUCUCGGUCUGUGACUCUGACCCGUUCUGCAGAUUCGAUGUCCUGACAACAAGAAGCCUUCAAGUGGGAAGUUCCACAAGACUAUCUCAUCAGAGUCACAAGCUGCUGGUAGAAAAUCUAGAGCCAGUGAUCUCUUGUGGCUGGCUGGAUCAUCCAACCAACGGAAGAAAGAAUGGAACUAACUACCUGCUGGGCUCAACCAUCACUUUCAUGUGCAAUCAGGGCUAUGAACUCACUGGGUCAAAGGAAAGAAUUUGCCAAGUGACAGGGGCCUGGUCUGGAGACACACCCAGUUGCGUCCUGAGAACAGAUAUCAAACAAGUAAUUCUUCUUGGCUGUGUAUUUGGAAUAGUCGGUCUUGCAGUCCUGGGACGUUUGACUUUCUUAUGUAGAAGGGAGAGACACAAAGGCAACCAGAAACGUGUUUCAGAGGUUCCAGUUGCAUCUGAACAAGAAACAAUGAAAUUCCAGAGGAGUUUUUAAUGAAAUACAGAAAAAGCAUAGCAGAGGAUUAAAUCGUCCACAGCAACAAAGAUAGACUUUCCAAACACAAACAAUGGUUUUAUAUAGUAUGCUAUCAUUUGAUUUCUGCUUUCAAUAUAACGAGUGUUGAAUUGUAUGGGAAAUGCUAACCAACUUCCUGGGAUUGUAUCAUGGCAGGCUCAGCCUACCAUCUAUCACAAGCAAAGGAUAAUGCUUCUGAAAGCAUCAGUCUCAAAGUUACAGGCAUUAGUUUCUUCUAAUAGUCACACCUCUGCCAGCAGAACCAGAGUUCUGACAAAAUCAAAAGAGUUCAUGAUUUCUCUGCACUUUUCUUCUUUUACUUGAAAGCUGGUAAAAUGAAAAGAAUCCUAGCCUACUACGCUAGCCAUUAUCAGAGAAACAUUUGCCUUCUCUGGGGCCAUGUAAGGCUGAUUUAGAUUGAUGCGAAAGUGGAUGCACAGUCAGAUGGACUACUGGCAAGCUGGGUUGACUUUGCAGAUUGCUGGGGUUUUUUUAGUAGGGAGGGAGAGAUAUUGAAGAUAUUUAAACAUUGCAUUCUUACAUUUUGGCAAGUCUCCAAAUACAGACUCAAAGUGUAUUUUUGUUUCAGUUCUGACCUAAUUUUUAGAAGGCUACAGUUGGGGGGGAGGAAGGGGAAGUACUCAGAAAAUGAAACCUUUCCUUCCAGGUUAACUUACAAUGAUUUUUUUAAAAUACAUCUUUAUUCAACUGUCCAAUUAGAGUCCACCUUCAAAACAAAAAAAUCUGUUACCUGCACUGGAAAUGUUUUGCAAAACUUGCAAUGUUUUCCUUGAAUAACUGCAACAUGCAUACUGUUUCUUUUUUAAUACCUAGCUGUAUUACAGUGUGUUUCAUUAUCUUCAUUAAAAAGUGAUUUCUGAACUA